CAUGGGGGCGCUACACAGAGCUAGAUACUGGGAAUCACCAAAAAACUAAUGUGCAUGUAAAGAAUGUAAGUUUAAAGCAUAAUUUGAACGCUAAUUAUUUGUAUUGAUAGUAAAUAACUGGCAAAAAAAAAAAACAGCGCCUGCGUUGAUUGUUUCGGCACACGGAUAAAUAUGCUGGAUAACAUUGACUAUGCCUUUCCUGCGGGCGACGAAAGUGAUGGAAGUAGUGACGAGUGGAAUGUUGGAUAUGCCAGUAGUACCAAGACACUAGACCCUGAGGUGUCUAAGGCGACUUUAGAUCCUAAGGACAAUGUGUCACUUAUGAAAAGGGCCAUUACAGCAGGUGACGUCGAUCUCGUGCGGCAGUUACUGGACAGUGGAAUGGACGUGGAGACAUCUUUGGGCUUUGCGUGGACUCCUCUGAUGUGUGCUGUGCAUGUUGGACACUGUGAACUGGCCGAGCUGAUGCUGAACCGUGGAGCCAAUGCCAACUUCAGCAGAGAUCAUUAUACUGUGCUAAUGGCAGCUUGCACUGCAAAUUCCGUCACUGAAGAAAACAUCAGCAAGUGUGUGGCUUUACUGCUGGGGCGCAAUGCUGACCCAAAUGUCCACAACAGGUGUCACUUGACGUGCCUCAUGUUGGCCGCCAGGGACGGUUACUCUCAGGUUAUCAAUCAACUGGUGUCCCAUGGAGCAGAGCUGAACCUCCAGGAUGAAAAUGGCCACACGGCACUCAUGUUAGCUGUGCGGUACGGGCAUGAAGCUGCAGUUCUUAAACUACUACAGCUCGGCGCUGACAAGUCCAUUAAAAACAAGGCAGGAAAAACAGCAGCUGACCUGGCCGAAUCAUUCAAACACCUGCAGAUCUGUCGAUAUCUCAACUCUUCGAGUGACUCCAGUGUUAAUGGUGCACUGCCCUCCAAAUCUGAAACGGUGUUUAAAUUUCUCAACCAAAGCCCUGAACCUCUAUCCUCUUCAAAGGAAAGUUCUGAUAAACUGAGUGAUAUUGAGCUACUGCUGCAUGGGCUGAAUUUGGAGUACCUCUCUGACAUUAUGAUGGAAAAUGACAUCACCUGGAGCCACUUAUUGACCAUGGAAAAAGAAGACUUAGAAAGGAUUGGAGUAACAGAUCCUGACGAUCAAAAAAAGGUCCUUAAUGCAGUUCAGGAGAUUCACCUUGACCAAGUGGAUCUGGACACCUUAAACCAGCUUGGCAACAUAGACAAGGGGACUGAGGAGCUACAUACCUUUCUGAUCAGCCUGAGGCAGCAGUGCUGUUACCUAUCUGAGAUGGUACAGGAUGUCAUCAGCAGGUUCCCACGCAGUAGCUCACAGCUUGUUCUGACAUGGGAUCCGAAGAAGGAGACUCAUGCCAUAUGCACAGAGCUUGUGGCUCAGGUCGGAGACCUGCAGAAAGAAUUGGUCUGUCUGAGGGACCUCCUCGGCAAGAUGGAUCCCACUGAUAUCACCUUCCAUCCACCUUUGCCAAAUUCCCACACCACUAUGAGGAGACGGGUUAUAAAGAAGCUCGCAGUGGCUGUGCUUGGAGCAGGAUUACUUCUACUGUUGUCACAAGCAAGGCACUUCAAACCCUACAUCUGAGAAAUAUUUGUAGUUUUGUAUGCCAUCAGUGUUUUUCUUUACUUCAUUUUAUUUUUUUUUUUAAGUAUUUCAUUUGUUAACUGAAUGAACGUUGAGUUUUUCCUCACAGUUUAAAGUAGUAAAUGGUAAAUUAUGAUGGCUUGUUUUAAGUUCAAAAAAGUUCUCUUUCGUUCUGUAUACCCAAUUUGCAGUGCCUCUUUAAUAUGGUUUCUGCUUAAUGUUUCACUUAUAGAUUGACUGAAAUCUGUUCAUGUUUACAUAAACUUUACUACAUUCACACAGCAGUCUAUAUAGUUAAUAAAGUGUGUUUGUUUGUUUUGGUUUCUGGGAUGUAACAAAUUUUGCACAUACAAGCUGCUGUCUAUGGUGCUGAAAUGCUUUUUAUUGUUUAAAAAAAGAAAUUCCUUUCUCCAAA